ACACCAUUGACACAUCAUAACAGAGAAGGUAAAACAGAAGAGGAGGUGUAAUACAAGGACAUCAGAGCGCAGCCUUCAUCUUUCCAAGUGUCAGUAUGCGGUUAAAACAGGAUGUUAGUCCAGUAGUGGUCAUCAUAUUUAGAUUGGUGGUUUGGCUGUAUUCUCUCAUCUCGUACCUGCCUUACCUGUUGCUCAGAUCGUCCGACUCGGAAUCGUUCUCCGAGUGCACGCGGAGAGUGAAAGCCCUUUCCGUGACUGGACACCCAGCAGGACCCUACCGGGAUGUUGGAGCUUUGAGAGGGCUGGCCACUAGUCUUCAGCCAGAAGUGAACACACUCGAUCGGAUGUUUGAGUUGUCAGUAGACCGCUAUCCUGAUCGUGACUGUCUGGGCACAAGAGAGCUGCUGAGCGAGGAAGACGAGAUUACAGAGGAUGGAAGAGUCUUCAAAAAGGUGAUUUUGGGAGAGUAUCGCUGGAUGUCGUAUGAUCAGAUGUAUAAAGCGGUGAAAGCGUUCGGGUGCGGUUUGGCCGCUCUGGGGCAAAAACCUUUCAAAAACAUCGCCAUAUUCUGCGAGACUAGGGCGGAGUGGAUCAUUGCAGCACAGGCCUGUUUCAUGUAUAACUUCCCAUUGGUAACUCUUUACUCUACUCUGGGAGGUCCUGCUAUCAUUCAUGGACUCAAUGAAGCUGAAGUUUCCCAUAUCAUCACCAACAAAGAACUUCUGGAGACCAAACUCAAGGUUAUUUUGCUGGAGGUGCCGAGGUUACGGCACAUUAUUGUCGUUGACAAUAAACUCAAGACCGACUCUGAAUACCCACGAGGCAUCAGUGUACACAGCAUGGCUGCUGUACAGAGACUGGGGGCCCAGCCUGAGAAUGUGUCAAUGCAAAGACAGCCUCCGUGUGCGUCUGAUGUGGCCAUGAUAAUGUACACCAGCGGCUCCACAGGAAUACCGAAAGGAGUCAUGAUCUCCCACAGCAAUAUUAUUGCAGGAGUUACAGGCAUGGCCAAGAGGAUUCCCAACCUCGGUGAGGAUGACACAUAUAUCGGUUACCUUCCAAUGGCUCAUGUGUUAGAGUUGAGUGCUGAGAUUGUGUGUUUGGCUCAUGGAUGUAGAAUUGGCUACUCUUCCCCACAAACACUCGCUGACCAGUCAACAAAGAUAAAGAAGGGAAGCAAAGGAGACACUACAGUCCUGCAGCCCACUCUAAUGGCAGCAGUACCAGAAAUAAUGGAUCGGAUUUAUAAGAAUGUGAUGCUAAAAGUGGAAGAUCUGAGCCUUCUUCAGAGGAUGCUGUUUUCACUGGCCUACAACUAUAAGAUGGAGCAGCUUGCUAUGGGAUACACCACCCCGCUGUGUGACAAGCUGGUGUUCCGAAAGGUUCGGGCAUUAUUAGGUGGGCGUUUACGGGUGUUAUUGUCAGGCGGAGCCCCUCUGUCUGCUGCGACCCAGCGGUUCAUGAACAUUUGUUUCUGCUGUCCGGUGGGUCAGGGUUAUGGCCUCACAGAGACCUGCGGAGCUGGAACCAUCAGCCAGCUUUGGGAUUACAGUACAGGAAGAGUUGGUGCACCUCUGGUUUGCUGUGAAAUUCAACUGAAGGACUGGAUAAAGGGUGGGUAUCGGAGCACAGACAAGCCGUGUCCACGAGGAGAGAUUCUGAUUGGGGGCUCCAAUGUAUCCAUGGGUUACUACAAGAACAAGGAGAAGAACUGUGAAGAUUUCUUUGUGGAUAAGAAAGGCCAGAGAUGGUUCUGCACCGGAGACAUUGGCGAGUUUCAUGGAGACGGUUGUCUGAAGAUUAUUGACCGUAAGAAAGACCUGGUGAAGCUACAGGCAGGAGAAUACGUGUCCCUGGGAAAGGUGGAGGCCGUCUUGAAAAACUGCCCUCUCAUCGAUAACAUCUGUGUUUAUGCCAACAGUGAUGAAUCAUUUGUAAUUGGCUUCGUGGUACCCAAUCAGAAGCAGCUCCUGGCGCUGGCAGAGAGGAUGUGUGUCAGAGGUUCGUGGGAGGAGCUUUGUAACAGCCCUCUCAUUGAAGAGGAGGUGCUUACGGUCAUCACAGACGCAGCACUGACAGCCCAGUUAGAGCGGUUUGAGAUUCCUCGUAAGAUCCGCUUGAGCGCUGAGCCCUGGACCCCAGAGACCGGCUUAGUGACAGACGCUUUUAAACUCAAACGCAAAGAGCUAAAAACUCACUACCAGACUGAUAUUGAGCGGAUGUACGGUAUCAAGUAGAACCAAAUCACUGCCGACUCCAACCAGAUGAAACCGGACCACUGACCAGGACUGCAUGGAAAGUAACUUAUCUCAACAUAGCAACCACCAAUCAGGAUGGAGAUUUCCUAAGGACAUGUAAAAAUGUGUGAAAAGAUAAUUUGACAAUGUUUUCAGAUGAUAUCUGAAAAUGUUCAACAAACAAACCAACACGAUACACCCUUUAUAAACACACUUUAAGCUUAUAAACGAUGUGAGCUGUCUUGCUAACUUCCUCCAGACAUUUAUGGAAAAAAAUGUAUGGGAUUUUUACUUCCGAACCCAGACUCUUGCACUCUGUGAUAGGGACCAAGGCAGUCACAAGGAGAAUCACACCAUGGAGAAUGAAUAGAGUUCCAAAAAGUUGGUUUAAUAUGUAGAGGUACAAAAUGUGCAAAUAAAUAGUUUUUUUAGAGUGUACAUAAAAACCAAGGUUAAAUAAAUAAAAAAUAAAAAACUGUCUAAAAGCUAGAAAUGUUUGGGGUACUAAAACAGAACCCACUCCCCUGCCUAACAAUGGAGGCCAGAUUAGUGUUAACAAACAACCAUGUUUAACGUGUGCUCCAAACAUGAUCCGUCCAUUAGUCUAGUGCCUCUAGUGGCAGCUUUUUUAAAUACACAGUUUUUCCACCUUUUCUAAUUGGAACAUACCAUUUUUUUUUUUUUUUUUUUAAUCCCAAUUUGGAAUGCCCAAUUCCCAAUGUGCUUUUAAGUCCUCAUUAAACCAAGUUAAGCUCAAUCGACAGCAUUUGUGGCAUAAUGUUGAUCCUUUUCUUUAAAAACCGCAAAAAUGGAGGUUACAGUGAGGCACUUACAAUAGAAGUGAAUGGGGCCAAUUUUUGGAGGGUUUAAAGACAGAAAUGUGAAGCUUAUAAAUUUAUAAAAGCACUUACAUUAUUUCUCUUAAAAUGCAUCUAUUAUUUCAGCCUUAAAGUUGUUUAAAUCAUAAUUUUUAUGGUAUUUUUAGAGUGUUAGAGUUUACUGCGUUAUGUCAUCAUGGCAACGAAGUUGUAAAAUUGGAUUUAACUUUAGACAGAAAAUGUUAGUAAGUGAUUUUUAUCACAAUUAAAUCAUGUUGACUUGCAUAUUGUUUACAUGUUGUGGCUAUACUUUUGAAAACAUGAGUAUUUAUAACAUUUACGGAUUGGCUCCAUUCACUUCCAUUGUAAGUGUCUCACUGUAACCCAGAUUUUUGCUUUUUUAAAGAAAAGGAAGGACGGGUCAAAAUAAAUUUUUGUGGUAAUCAACAUUAUGUCAUAAAUGCUGAGCUUAACUUUUAUUGAACCCGGAUUAUUCCUUUAAGUGUGCGCUUCCCUAAUGGUUACGCCCACUUGCUAAAAACAAGAAAUCUAAAAUAGCAAAACCCCAAUAAAUAUUGCAAAAUGGUCUGUUAAACAAGAAAUGAGACAGCUGAGGUAGACUCCGGCACUACCUGUGACCCUAUAUAGGACAAGCGGUUAUGGAUGGAUGGAUGGAUCAUUAGAGAGACAGAGAGAUUGAUGGAUGGGUGGAUGGAUGGAUUGAUCAUUAGAGAGACAGAGCUGGAUGGAUGGAUCAUUAGAGAGAUGGGAUGGAUGGAUGGAUGGAUGGAUGGAUGAAUCAUUAGAGAGAUGGGGAUGGAUGGAUGGAUGGGUGGAUCAUUAGAGAGACAGAUAUGGAUGGAUGGAUAGAUCAUUAAAGAGAGAGAGAUGGAUGGAUGGAUGGAUCAUUAGAGAGAGAUAUGGAUGGAUGGAUAGAUCAUUAAAGAAACAGAGAGAUGGAUGGAUGGAUGGAUCAUUAAAGAGACAGAGAUGGAUGGAUGGAUGGAUGGAUGGAUGGAUGGAUGGACCAUUAGAGAGACAGAGAGAGAUGGAUGGAUAUAUCAUUAAAGAGACAGAGAGAUGGAUGGAUAUAUCAUUAAAGAGACAGAGAGAUGGAUGGAUGGAUGGAUCAUUAGAGAGACAGAGAGAGAUGGAUGGAUGGAUGGAUGGAUGGAUCAUUAGAGAGACAGAGCUGGAUGGAUGAAUCAUUAGAGAGAUGGGGAUGGAUGGAUGGAUGGAUGGAUAGAUGGAUGGAUCAUUAGAGAGAUGGGGAUGGAUGGAUGGAUGGAUGGAUGGAUGGAUGGAUGGAUCAUUAGAGAGACAGAGAUGGAUGGAUGGAUCAUUAGAGAGACAGAGAGAUGGAUGGAUGGAUGGAUGGAUGGAUCAUUAGAGAGACAGAGAUGGAUGGAUGGAUGGAUGAAUGGAUGGAUCAUUAGAGAGACAGAGAGAUGGAUGUAUGGAUGGAUCAUUAGAGAGACAGAUGGAUGGAUGAAUGGAUGAAUGGAUGGAUCAUUAGAGAGACAGAGAUGGAUGGAUGGAUGGAUGGAUCAUUAGAGAGACAGAGAUGGAUGGAUGGAUGGAUGAAUGGAUGGAUCAUUAGAGAGACAGAGAUGGAUGGAUGGAUGGAUGGAUCAUUAGAGAGACAGAGAUGGAUGGAUGGAUGGAUGAAUGGAUGGAUCAUUAGAGAGACAGAUGGAUGGAUGGACGUAUGGAUGGAUGGAUGGAUGGAUCAUUAGAGAGACAGAGAUGGAUGGAUGGAUGGAUGGAUCAUUAGAGAGACAGAGAUGGAUGGAUGGAUGGAUGAAUGGAUGGAUCAUUAGAGAGACAGAUGGAUGGAUGGACGUAUGGAUGGAUGGAUGGAUGGAUCAUUAGAGAGACAGAGACAGAGAUGGAUGGAGGGAGGGAGUAGUAAGGUGAUAUUCCAUUCCAAGCAUUGGUACAGACUCAAUUGUGAUUUCUCAGGACAUCUAUUUCAGUGAUAUUUUUUGGUACUGUAGUAGGGAUUUUAUGUGGUUUAUUCCAUAAAAAAUUACUCUCACAGCAGCUUUAAAAGCAGACAGUACACCGUUUUAUGGCUUUAAAUACUUCCUUUGAUGCCGAUCUCCAAAAUGUUGCCAAACAAGCCCUAAAUUCAAAGAGUGUCUGACUCAUCUUCAAUCUUUUGCUUUGUUUCACUAAACUCCUGUCCCAACUCUUGCCUGCCCCAUGUACAACUGAUUCAUCUGUGGAUAUGUUUUGCAAAGAUUGUGUUUCACUUAAAGUUUCAGACUCAUAAAACUUUGUAAACUAUUUUAAUGAAACACUAUAAAAGUUUACACCAGCAUUUGUCUGUCCAAACAAAAUCAGGAAUCUUAAAGCUGUUGUGGGCAACUUUCAUUGUUUUUUUUUUUGUUUGUUUUUUUCUUCAAUGUUUCCGUAAUCUUAAUUAAAUACUGUCAUGUAUGUUAUUAAAAGACUUGAGGAGGCAGAAUAUGCAAAUAAACCAGCAAUCUGGAAUAUCAAUUAUAUUUAAGCAUCAUUGUAUUCAUUGUUACAAAAAGUAG